AUGUCUGAAGAACAUAGUUGCACUGGUGCUAGUACUAUAACUGAGGUUGAAAGCAGCAAUAUCAGCGUUCUCGGCUGGGAACAAGUGCAGCGUCUUGAUGCCAUCCUGACCGAGACCAUUCCCAUCCACGGCCGUGGAAACUUCCCCACUUUGGAGAUGAAACCCCGACAAAUAGUGAAGGUGGUGCGUAGUCGCAUGGAGGAGAGGAAUAUCCACGUCCGGGACGUACGGUUAAACGGGUCUGCUGCAAGCCACGUUCUUCAUGAGGAUAGCGGACUGGGCUACAAGGACCUUGACCUAAUCUUUUGCGCGGAUAUGAAAGGGGAAAGUGAUUUUCAGAUUGUGAAGGAUAUCGUUUUGGACUGUCUCCUGGACUUCUUACCUGACGGGGUGAAUAAGCAGAAAAUAUCACCAUUGACUUUAAAGGAAGCCUAUGUGCAGAAGAUGGUGAAGGUGUGCAAUGAUUCAGACCGCUGGAGCCUCAUCUCCCUCUCCAACAACAGAGGAAAAAACGUGGAGCUCAAGUUUGUAGACUCUCUGAGGCGGCAGUUUGAAUUCAGCGUGGACUCCUUCCAGAUCAAGCUGGACUCCCUGCUGCUGUUCUAUGAAUGCUCUGAGAACCCCAUGGCCGAGACCUUCCAUCCCACCAUCGUGGGCGAGAGUGUGUUUGGGGACUUUGGUGCUGCCCUCGACCACCUACGCCAGAAGGUGAUCUGCACGCGCAACCCAGAGGAGAUCCGGGGCGGCGGUCUGCUCAAGUACUGUCACCUGCUGGUAAGGGGCUUCCAAGCCGACUCCGAGACAGAGAUGAAGUCCCUGCAGCGUUACAUGUGCUCGCGCUUCUUCAUCGACUUCUCGGAUAUCAGCGAGCAGCAGCGCAAGCUGGAGUCCUACCUGCAAAACCACUUUGUGGGCCUGGAGGACCGCAAGUACGACUACUUGAUGACCCUGCAUGGGGUGGUCAACGAGAGUACGGUGUGCCUGAUGGGACAUGAGAGGCGGCAGACCCUGGGGCUGAUCGCCAUGCUGGCGGUGCGCGUGCUGGCCGAGCAGAACGUCAUCCCAAAUGUGGCUAACGUCACCUGCUACUACCAGCCAGCCGCCUACGUGGCAGACGGUAACUUCAGUAACUACUACAUAGCCCAGGUACAGCCCAUGUUCCACUGCCAGCAGCAUGCCUACUCCACCUGGCUACCCUGCAACUGA